CAAUAAAGUUGUGCGGGUUUGUGUCUAAUAUAAAUAUAAAGAACAGUGUAGUGUGUAAUAGCAGACCGUGUUCGUACACAUUAGUUCAUCAGCACUAGAAUGAUGCUAAAGUCUCUUAUAUGGAUGCUAGCCCAUGUAGCUAAUAGAUACAUUAUUAUAUAUUAAUGCCAUGGAUUCUCAGGAAAAGAUCCAGCCUCCUAAACAGCAGCCGAUGAUCUAUAUUUGUGGAGAGUGUCACACAGAGAAUGAGAUCAAGGCCAGAGACCCCAUCAGAUGCAGAGAGUGUGGAUACAGGAUCAUGUACAAGAAGAGGACCAAAAGACUGGUUGUAUUUGAUGCCCGAUGAGAUGUCAUCUGCUGUGUUCAUGUUAGAAUUGUCUUUUUUUAUCAUCUUUGACUGUGUAAAUACAUGUAACCACUUAAGGAUCAAAACUGAGUAAAAUAACAUUUACAAAAAAA